AUGAAGAAAACUACUUUGGAUUCAGCAGAUGCACCACGCGCUGGAAGACUUUCCAAGUUGACUGUCUGUCCUUUUGGAAGACCUCGCUGGCAAUCUCGAUUUUUUGUCUUGCUCAACUCAGAGUUACGCUAUUACAAAAAUGAGCAUGCAGAAACACCUUCUUCGAUAUUGAAUCUAAACGACGUGGAUCAAUUAGUGCUUGCGCCAACACCCAGUCAUCCAUUCUGCUUUCGCCUAGAACCAAUCCUAAAUACAGUAUCCCCAGUAGGGUCAGAUAGUAAAAAAGAUAAGAGCACAAAACAGCAACGUCCGUGGUCAUUGGAAUGUCAGUCAGAAAUCGAAAUGGACUUGUGGGUAUCUGCAAUUCACUGUCGCCUCGCAAAACUCUCUUCAAAGACACCUCCCCUCCUUCAUUACGAGCAACAACCAUCUCCUUCCGCAUGUUUCUUUUCAUCACUCUUACGCAAAAUCACUCCUCCAUCCAAUUCAACCUAUUCUGACUAUCCCUCUUCCGACCCAUCUCGACCAAGUUCUUUCUGGCCUGCCAUGAAGAACAAACCAGUCGUAGCCACCCAGACAUCAUUUUCUCAAAGACGCGGGAUCACUCUUGCUCCAAUUUACGUCCCUGUUCCAGUACAUAGCUUACAAGUCUACGAAUCAUCUGACCUGACAUUCGAAAGUUCCCCUUCUGAUUCUGGUAUCCAAUCCCCAGAGAGUACACUCGGUGCAUCUUCUGACAUUGACUACGAAGAGUUCAAAUCCAAGCGUUCAUUGUCUCUUCCAGCAUUAACUGAUUUUGAGACAGCAGAAACGGAAUCAUCCCCCACCUUCCUUUUGUACAAAGAGCGGUUUCGGCUCUGA